AUGUUCACCUUCCUCAUUUUGCUCCUUGGCAUCGGCCAGAACCAUGCAGCCAGCUUGAUUCAAAACUUCACUGGGUCUCUGGAUGAGCUGGGGGUCUGUCAUUGCUCUUCUGUUCUCCCAGACUCCACCUUUCCUGCAGAUCAUUUUGAGAUGCUGGAGAUGUCCAACCAGAACAUGACCAUCACUGUUGAACAGCAAAUCAAUAAGAUCCACCAGUAUGAGAGUACACUGAAUAGUUACACUGAGCGUCUGGCUAACCUGACCAAACGUGUGGGGGUGAUGGAGACUGGAGGUCUCUCAUACACUGAGCUGGACUUUGAUCUGUUGAAGUUGGAGAUCAGAGAAAUGGAGGCUUUGGUACUGCAGUUGAAACCUUCAAUGAGGGGUACAAAUGUUCAAGUGGAAGCUUUAUACCUGGAGUUGCGCAACGUUUCCAUCAUGGUGAGCCAGCUGGAGGUCUACGACAAGAAUAAUGUCAUGGUAAUCAGAAGAGAAAUUGCAGCACUAAAGAAACGCCUUGAAGAUUGUGAAAAGAACCAGACAAUCAAACCAACACCUUACCUUCCACAAAUGCACAAUGGUACCUGUCAACAUGGAUACAUUAUGAACAUCAGUAAACCAUUUGUAGUGCAAUUGAACUAUCUAGGAUCCAGCUACAUGUAUGGAGGAUGGGGAAGAGAUUCAUUGCCAGGAGCUAAUCAGGAUGUUCAGUGGGUGGCUCCUCUCAGUACAGAUCGAAGAAUCCUGUACAGUUAUCGUAUCUACAAUACAUACAAUGAUCUCCUGAUCUAUAAGCACUUCACAGACAACAAUACAGGAAGUUAUGGACAAGGUGGUGGAAUGAUCAUGUUUAAUAAAACAAUGUACUUUAAUUGCUACGACAGUAGAAGCAUAUGCAAAAAUAGUCAAAGCAAUAAAGUGGAACUCUCAGUAACUCUCCCUAAUGCUGCUUACAACAACCGGUUCUCCUACUCCUCCUCAGUGUACCAAGACAUUGACAUGGCCAGUGAUGAAGAAGACCUAUGGGCAAUUUAUUCUACUGAAGAAAAUGCUGGAAACUUUGUCAUUAGUAAAAUAGAUCCCAUAUCUCUUGUAGUCAAACAGACCUGGACCACUGCCCAGUACAAGCCAGCAGCCACCAACGCAUUCAUGGUGUGUGGUGUCUUGUACGUUACUAGAGCCAUCAGCACAAGAAGAGAAGAGAUAUUUUACAUGUAUGAUACCAAAACUGAGAAGGAAGGGUGGCUGAGCAUUCCUCUGGAAAAACCAAAGGAGAAUAUACAGAGUCUGUCCUACAAUCCUAAUGAUCAUAAGCUCUACAUGUACAACGAUGGCUACUUAGUCAACUAUGACCUCAAUUUUAAGCCUCCUCAGAAAGAUAAACCUGAAAUAUAA